GUGGUGGCCUCGCGGCUGCCCACGCCACCUCUGCGGCUGUCCCGCCGCAGGAAGAGUCAGAGUGCAGGUGGUCACGGUGGGACGUUGGGUUUGGCGGCGAAUUGGGGUUGGAGAUGCUCGGAACUGGAACGGCGCGUGCCGUCCAGCACGUAUGGGCGCCGCAGGCGAGGGUGGUGCAUGCGCCUGCUCGUGGCCAACAAGGUCAGGCCGAAGAAGGUUACGAAGAAGGAGAGGAAGAGGACGAUGACGAGAGGGGUAGGGACGUUGGCGUUGCUCUCACCAGGGACAGCGUCGACGAUGAGGUUGAGUUUGAUGAUGGUGACGUGGUGGAGGACCAGGCUGCUGAGGAAGCGGCCGCGAAAGCGGCUCGCGACCAACGCGGGAAUCGACGCCUCGGGCGGGCCCAUUUUACCCCCGAGGAGAUUCAGUCGAUUCAGUCCUUCCUCCCGCCCCCCGGUCUCACUCCUGAGGCCGCGGAGGCACCCUCCGAUUCUUCUCCUCCCUCGCUCCCUGCUCCGUCCGCCCCGGUUGCUCCGGCUCCGGUGGCGGCUCCCAUCGUUCCAAGCUCGGGUUCACCGUCGGCUUCGGCUGGCCCCCGGGACUUCCUUGCAGCCCCUCAUUCGAGGGUUCCCCCUGCAAACCACGAAUUCGGUUUCGACCCCUACGGCGACGAAUUCAGGCGGGCCUUCAGGCGUCACGUUGAUCGAAUCCGUGAGCUUAAGCCUGUUACGCCUGGUGCGCAGGUUUCGGAACCGGUUCCGUAUCAUCCUGAUACGGGCCGGGCUGCCCUUUCUGACGACGAGGUGCCCCAGGUGCCUCGCUCGGUAGGAAGGUCUGGAUUCGGACUACCCAGAUUCCACACAUCUGGCAACCUCUUCGGUCCUGACGCUCGUAGUGGGCGUACGGAUAGGGGAAGACCCUCGAGUCUUCCGGACGUCGACACGAGUGAAGAGGAGGACACGGGUAGUAAGGGGAAGAAGGGUGUGAGGGAGAAGAUUCGGGGGUUCUUGCCUUCUAUGGGGCGGAAGGAGGGGAAGGGAAAGAAGAGGGAGGGCGAGGAUGAUGAGGAUGGAGGGGGUGGGUUAGUUUGAGGGGGGGAAUGGGUCACCUGGACAGGGCAGCCAGCAGGCCGGAAUGUGUGCGGAAGGAGGAGCGCAGGAGAAAAAAUAUGAGGGUCGUUUUCAAGAGCGACGACCAGCUAUGCCAGGUCAAGGAGUUCACCCUAUUCCCCGAAGAGAUGGGGCACCGCCAAUCUCGCG